AUGUCGGCGCCCGUGGCACAGAACAACUUCUUCUUGUGGGGCACAUGGAAGGCGAGAAAGAUCUCGAAGCCCUUCCUGACGAAGAAGGUGCCGAGCACGUUGAAGAAAGUGGUGCUGGGUGAGAGCUGCGUUCUUGGAUUGACCGAGACGGGGAAGGUCGUGUCUUGGGGUAAGGACUCCAAGACGGGUUGCCUAGGCUUGGGUGAAGAGAAUGGGAUUCCAAUCGUGAGCUCUGAUGCUCCGCAAGAGGUGCCAAAGCUUAAGGAUGUGAUGGACAUUCAAAUGGGUCCGGAACAUGUGGUGGCCCUCACCAGCAGUGGAGAGGUCUAUACUUGGGGCAGUGGUUCGAAGGGUCAACUGGGCAGUGGGCGAUGUGAGACGCUCCACGCGCCAUCAAAGGUUGAGGCUUUGAGCAAUGAGCAAAUUGUCCAAAUUCUGGUCGUGAAAAGCUCGACCUUUGCCCUCUCCAGCAAUGGCACCGUCUUUGCUUGGGGCGACAAUCAGGACAACGCCUUGGGCUUAGAGGAUGGGAAGUUGAUGGAAGAAUCGCCUCGAAAGCUCACGCUGUUGCAAGAGACGCGGGUGAGGAAGCUGGAGGUCUUUGAUGGCAAGACCAUCAUUGCUCACAUCCGUGGCAACGAUUCCGACACCAACUUCGGGCGCUAUGAGACCCUGCCAGAGGAUGGUGGCCAUGGCGAGAAGGAGGAGAUGGAGAUCUUCCAGGGCAUCGAUGAAAUGCGGAAGAUUAUGGAGAAGACACAGGAGUGGUGGAACCAUUUGCUGAACAUCAAGCAUGGCCAGCCCUAUGAGCUUCCACAAGAUAGCAAUGUGAACUUGACAGAUUCACCAACAAAAGUUGGUGCGAACAUCCAAGAUGAUUUGGAAGUCGAAGUCGAACGACUCCAUCGAGCAGAAAGGCACUUGGAUGCUUUGGUCACAGCUGCAGUGCAAGAAUUGCGGCGGACACAGCAGAUGCCGGGCACCCGGAAUGUGCGUUUCAUCUUGUGCAUGUUCAUUGACGAGUGUCGUUUGAGAAGAGAGAAGGUGCAGCGGACCAUCGCAGCCCGAAGAAUCCAAGAUGCCCGAAGGAAGGAUGAUGAAAAGGCCGCCUCCGAUCCCAUCUUUGCUUACUCAGUGAAGGACUUUAGCUCCAGCGCCAAUGAGCAUAUCCGGAAGAUCAUCGCAGUGACCAAGGAGUUGCAACAGAGAAGAGAUGCAGUUUCGUCCAUAGUCUCGGUCGAUGUGCUGAGUGAACUUUUGAAGGGCACCCUGAUCAAAUGCCUCGAUUGCAAGUUGCAACUUCAUGAGACCCAAAUCGAACUCUUGAAGGUCUCGGAAGGAAAGCUUUGCGAUCCGAUGCUCCCCGCGCUGCGGAUCAUCAAGGAUCGAUGGGACUCCUUGAAGCAUUUCUCACUCUAUGCUUUGUACUUGGAGUGCGAGCAGAAAAAAAUCGACCAGAUGCUUCAGAUUGACAAGGAUGACAUCAUCUCACAUGACACCAUGGUGCCAGGCCUUUGUUACGACCUUCUGAGAGAAAAUGCGGAGCUUCGAAAGAUGACGAACUCUUACCAACUCCAUGUGCUCAUGCUCUACCAGGGCAAGGACAUCACAGAUGCAAGUGGUAUUUCCCUGGCAGAUCUCAAGGAGAAGAAAUUGGCGAUUCUCGCGACGGAGUUUGUGGUGGAAGUGGUUGGCGCAGGCAUCCGGGUGCUGGACACUUUGCGCGUCGAGACCGUGCCUGAGUUUCCAGCCGCACCACUUUUCCCAUGGGACGCUUUCCGCGGAACAGGCGGUCUCCGCGGCGUUUUUCCGCGGCGCGGCGGCUUGCGCGCGGCGUGA